ACUGAUAUUAAAUAGAGUGAAGCAUGUUGACGGCCCUACCACGAAAAUUUCGUUUAGGAAUGCAGCGAACGGUACUUAUUGCAGUCCUCCUGGCGGUGGGCCUUUUCAGUUAUGCCUUUCUCAAUUUGAAGUUCUGUUUCAAGCUCAUGUCCCACAGAAGCCUCAAUCUGAUGUGCCAGAAAUUUGAACAGCAUGAAUAUAGUGGAUCCCUGUGCGAGGAACUUUGUGCUUCGCAGACAAACUUUGAUAAUUUCCAAUGCCCUUUGAACGAUAUGAAGACCAUUUUGUUUACGGCCGAAAAGAAUGGCGAUGUGUAUGCCGUGAAGUUGGCUAGGCACAAUGAUGAUGAACUGAGCUGGAAGAACAGCAAGGGUGAAGCAAUUUACCCCAAAAUCGAGGAAUUCCAUGAGAUUGUCAAGCUUCACAUUAUAUUGGCCUAUAAUGUCACUCUAGAUGAUAAUAUGAUUCGCGCUUUGGUCAAUCAAGAGAUAUCGGAUAAUAAUUCCCAGCAAAUGGUUAGCUUUUGGCGUCUGUUCAAGGAUAACAACUAUAUGAUGGGCAAACUAUUCGAUGAAGAGUCCAUAUUUCCAUCUGUGCUGGGAUCCUGUGGUCCAUAUUAUGCCACCGAAGGAUUGCAAAUUGUUCAAUCGAAUCCCAGCAUUAUGCAAUAUUUAGCUUCCAAUCGCCAGCAGCGGCUUAAGCACGCUCUCAAUAUCAUGGAGUUUCUAUUCCGACUGGACGAAAUGAAACCGGAACCCCUGAAGAUGUGCAAAAUGCAAGUGAACCGCUUUGGCCUAACGCCGGAACAUCGUCUCAAAUACCAAUCGGCCGAGCAUGUCUAUGUGGAGAGUCAACUGGAUAAACGAAUGUCCCGGGGAGUACGCUGCCAUCGGCAUCAAGACUGCAACUUCCAUUCGUGUCGCGGCCUGUGCGAUGAGGAGCGUCAGGCCUGCACGAACAUUCAGCAGAAUAAUAAUUUUCAAAUAUUCUGCGAACACAUUCUUCUGGGCAGUGGCACCUUUCAGCCGGGUCUAUUGAGCGGUGUGCGUUUGGCACGUCCGCUGCAGAAGUUAAUCAAGAUGUGCAUUGAUCCAGCCAAGGAUCAACAAGUGCCAGGUCGUCGUCAGGCGCCAAAUAUGCAAUUAGCCGUUAGACUAUACAAUGAAAUCAAACAAUUGCAUCAGCAAACUAUUGCAGCAGGAGGAGGCGGUGGCGGUGGCGGCGGCGUUGGAGUGGGAGCUAACGAUAAGGCUAACAAUGAUGAAGUUCCUCCAAAACAGAGACAGAUUCCAUAAUAAAUUAUGUUGUGCUCACAGAUGAAAAUAGUUUAAUUGGCAUGCAGUUCCGAGUAGAUUUUCCAUUUUAAAAUUAAAGGUUUUGCUCAAAUAUAUACACACACAC